AUGGGAAGUAACUUACUAUUGAUAGGUUUAUGUAAUCUUCACGUUGUGCACAAUGGUUUUAAAUCAGGUCUAUCGUCGGCUAGUUGGCAUGUAGAAAAUAUUUGUACCGAAAUUUAUUCGUGGUUUAAGCAAUCGCCUGCUCGUAAAGAAGAUUUAGUUGAUACAAUUAAUGAGUUUAAUGAUCUAAUGGAAAAAACGCUGUUGUACUUCACCAUCACACGUUGGGUACUUCUCGGGAAAGAUACUACACGUAUAUUGAUCUUGUCGAAGCCGUUAUGUGAUUACUUCUUAGAUUUCUUACCAACUACUAAAAAAGUUCAAAUUCAGAAAAAUGAUAAAUACGAUAAGAUUAAGUCGAAUUUGGCGUCAAAUUUUAAACAAGAAGGACUCCUUAUUCAUCUUCUUCAUCACGACUUAACUCGAUUAUUUUCAACCGUUUUGAUGAAGUUUUUGAAAUAUGGCAGCGAUUUAUUGAACUUAUGUUUCAAGCUAAGUGAAAAGACUCGUACAGAGUUAAGUGGUUUAACGCAACGAGAGCGUGAAACAUUUUUCAAUAAUGUGAGAAAAAUAUAUCACGGUACCGUUCAAUAUUUUCAAUCAAAUCUACCGUCAAAGAAUGGAUUUUUACGUGACGUACAGAUUCUACAUCACUCUUUGAAAGAUGUGCGAAAUGCUGAUCAACUUAUUCGUGUUGCUCGCGCUGUUCCACAUCUGUUGAAACGCAACGAAAUUGAUAGUUUACGCGAUGAAUGGCUAGCUUAUUCACUUGAAAUUAUUGAUGAAAAAUGGGUGAUCAACAAAAAAGAAAUAGAUUCGGAUGGCAACGGAUGUAUUAUUUACCAUAGAAUCGAUUUUUAUUGGAAUCAGGUUUCGGCUAUAACAACAACAGAUGGUCGUCCGAAAGAUCCUUAUCAUUUCACACGAAAACGCCGAUGUUGA